AUGCCUAAAGCCAAACCUACAAAGAAAGCUACCAGUGAGCGUGUCCUUCCAAAUUGUUAUUAUAAAGAAUACUUUGGAGGGGACGGGGAAGCCCUAAUUCCACGUGGAAAGAGAAAACUCUCUCCAUAUAACGCCUUCAUGAAGUCUGAACUACCUAAAGUUAAGGCUGAAAAUCCUGACCUUGAACAUAAAGCCGCUUUCAAGCUUGUCGCUGAACGGUGGAAGAACAGCCCUGAUAAUCCGAAGAACCAGACAAGUUAA